AUGGAUCGAGGAACAGGCACGAAGAAGGGCUCCUUCAAGCGCGGGUCAAUCAAGCGCACUACAUCCGGGUCUCAGAGGCACACCAGGAGAGAGAGCACCCCUGCGAGAGCACAGCUCCCGACGAGGACCGCAGGAGAGAGCGGGAGCACCGGCGGCCCGAGAGAGAAGGAGAGCGCCCGGGCUGGCCCCUGGGUGCCCGGCCCCUGCCUGACCCAGGACUCCAGGCUCAGUGCUCAGGCUCAGGCUCCAGCACUGCAUGGCUCUCAAAGCUGGCCCAGACCCCCAGCCGCACAGCACAGCACAGGGCAGCAGGUACAGAAAGCAUGGCUGGAGAGAACCUUCUACAAGAGGGAAUGUGUCAACGUGUUCCAAACCCGAGACCCGACCAGGUGCUCGUGCGGUCAGCUGCUCACCGGGCAUGUGGCCCUCCCGCCGGGCGCCACCACCAAGGCGGCGGAGGACGGGGGGCAGCUGGUGCAGGUGGAGCCCCCGCAGGAGAAGUGGUCGGUGGUCAAGAACACGCUGACCUUCCCCACCGACGCCUACGGCUGCAUCGAGUUCCAGGGAGGAGGCUUCAUCAACAAGGCCAUGUAUAUCCGCACCUCCCACGACACCAAGCCGGAUAACCUGCUGCACCUGAUGGUGCGGGAGUGGCAGCUGGAGCUGCCCACGCUGCUCAUCUCCGUGCACGGCGGCCUGCAGAACUUCGACAUGCAGCCCAAACUCAAGCAGGUGUUCGGCAAGGGCCUCAUCAAGGCCGCCGUCACCACCGGCGCCUGGAUCUUCACCGGAGGAGUCAGCACAGGUGUGAUCCGACAUGUGGGUGAUGCCUUGAAGGACCAUUCCUCAAAGUCCAGAGGAAAAGUGUGUGCCAUCGGCAUCGCCCCCUGGGGAAUCCUGGAAAACAAAGAGGACCUCAUCGGCAAAGAUGUGACCAAACCGUACCAGGCCAUGUCCAACCCGCUCAGCAAGCUGGCCGUGCUCAACAACAGCCACUCGCACUUCAUCCUGUCGGACAACGGCACGUGCGGGAAGUACGGCGCCGAGGUGAAGCUCCGUCGGCAGCUGGAGAAGCACAUCUCUCUUCAGAAGAUUAACACCCGUCUGGGCCAGGGGGUGCCUCUGGUGUGUCUGAUCGUGGAGGGCGGUCCGAACGUGAUCUCCAUCGCGCUGGAGAGUCUGCGGGAGGACCCGCCCGUGCCCGUGGUGGUGUGUGACGGCAGCGGCCGAGCGUCCGACAUCGUCUCCUACGCACACAAGUACACCGAGGACGGAGGGCUGAUCACCGAGGACGCCCGAGACCAGCUGCUGGUGACCAUCCAGAAGACGUUCAACUACAGCAAGAGCCAGUCGCAGCAGAUCCUGCUCAUGGUCAUGGAGUGCAUGAAGAAGAGGGAGCUGAUCACAGUGUUCCGCUUGGGGGCUGAGGGCCAGCAGGACAUUGAGAUGGCCAUCCUCACAGCUCUGCUCAAAGGCACCAAUGCCUCUGCCCCAGACCAGUUGAGUCUGGCGCUGGCCUGGAACAGGGUGGAUAUUGCACGCAAUCAGAUCUUCGUCUAUGGACACAACCUCCCACCUGCCAGUGCGCUAGCGUGUGUGAACACCGCCCCCCAGGAGAGGCCCAAGAGCCCCCAGGUCAAGACCAAGGGACGGGGCAAGAGGGGCAAAGGAGGGAAGGCCAAGAAGGUUGAGCCACCUGAGGAGACUGACCCCAGGAAACUGGAGCUGCUCAACUGGGUGAACUCGCUAGAGCAGGCCAUGAUGGACGCUCUGGUGCUGGACAGGACGGACUUUGUGAAGCUCCUGAUUGAGAACGGAGUAAACAUCCACCACUUCCUCACCAUUCCCAGGCUAGAGGAGCUCUACAACACUAGACUGGGACCUCCGAACACACUGCAUGUGAUUGUAAGAGACGUUAAAAAGGGGAAUCUCCCCCCAGAUUACAACAUCACUUUGAUUGACAUUGGAUUAGUGGUGGAGUAUCUGAUGGGCGGGGCAUAUCGUUGCAAAUACACCCGGAAGGGCUUCCGUGCUCUCUACAACAACCUUUAUGGGCUCAAACGGCCAAAGGCCCUCAAACUCCUGGGAAUGGAGGAUGACGAACCAAGAGGUAAAGGUAAGAAAAAGGCCAAGAAGAAGAGAGAGGAGGAGUUGGAAAUCGAUGUGGACGACCCAGAGGUCAGCCGUUUCCCGUUCCCAUUCCACGAGUUGAUGGUGUGGGCAGUGCUGAUGAAGCGCCAGAAGAUGGCGCUGUUCCUGUGGCAGAGAGGGGAGGAGGCCAUGGCCAAAGCCCUAGUGGCCUGUAAGCUUUAUAAAGGCAUGGCCCACGAGUGCUCGGCCAGUGAACUGGUGGACGAUAUCUCUCAGAACCUUGAUAACAACUCCAAGGAGUUUGGGCAGCUGGCGUACGAGCUGCUGGACCAGUCCUACAAGCACGACGAGCAGAUAGCCAUGAAGCUGCUCACCUACGAGCUGAAGAACUGGAGCAACUCCACCUGCCUGAAGCUGGCCGUGGCCGCCAAGCACCGCGACUUCAUCGCGCACACCUGCAGCCAGAUGCUCCUCACCGACAUGUGGAUGGGCACACUCCGGAUGGGCAAGAACCCUGGCAUCAAGGUGAUCUUCGGCAUCAUCUUCCCCCCUGCCAUCCUGCUGCUGGACUUCCGACUCGGAGACGAGGCCCACGAGGACGCUGCUGCCCAGGGCAAGGAGAAGGAGGACGAAAAAAAUUCCGGCAAGGAUGCCGACACCGUGUCCAAGAAAGAUGAAGAAGAUGGCAGCAAACAUGUGAGAAGGAUCCCCAUUGGGAAGAAGAUCUAUGAGUUCUACAAUGCCCCUUUCACCAAGUUCUGGUUCAACACUAUAGCCUACCUUGCCUACCUGAUGCUGUACAAUUACAUCAUCCUGGUGAAGAUGGAGCGUUGGCCGUGUAUACAGGAGUGGAUCGUCAUCUCUUACAUCAUCACGCUGGGACUGGAGAAAGUCAGACAGAUCCUGAUGUCGGAGCCGGGGAAGCUGAAGCAGAAGAUUAACGUGUGGCUGGAAGACUACUGGAACGUCACGGACCUGUUUGCCAUCGGCACCUUCCUGAUCGGCCUGCUGAUGCGGCUCCAGAGCGAACCCUACUUGGGCUACGGCCGCGUCGUCUACUGCGUCGACAUCAUCUUCUGGUACAUCAGGGUCCUCGACAUCUUCGGAGUCAACAAAUACCUGGGCCCUUACGUCAUGAUGAUUGGGAAGAUGAUGAUUGACAUGCUGUACUUCGUGGUGAUCAUGCUGGUGGUGCUGAUGAGUUUCGGGGUGGCGCGGCAGGCCAUCCUGCACCCAGACGAGGAGCCCACCUGGCGGCUGGCCAGGAACAUCUUCUACAUGCCCUACUGGAUGAUCUAUGGGGAGGUGUUUGCGGACUCGAUUGACCUCUACGCAAUGGAAAUCAACCCCCCCUGUGGAGAUAACCUCUACGAUGAGGACGGCAAGAAGCUGCCUCCUUGUAUCCCCGGAGCGUUUCUAACCCCCGCCAUCAUGGCCUGCUACCUUCUGGUGGCCAACAUCCUCCUGGUCAACUUACUCAUCGCUGUGUUCAAUAACACGUUCUUCGAGGUGAAAUCCAUCUCCAACCAGGUGUGGAAGUUUCAGCGCUACCAGCUGAUCAUGACCUUCCACGACCGGCCCAUCAUGCCCCCACCCCUCAUCCUCCUCAGCCACAUCUACAUCUUCUGCAAGAGGGUCUGCUGCCGCUGCAACAAGAAGCAGGAGGGCGAGCUGGACGAGAAGGACAAGGGCCUCAAGCUGAUCCUGCUUGGUGAGGAGUUGAAGAGCCUGUAUGAGUUUGAGGAGCAAUGCUUGGAUGAGUACUUCCGGGAGAAGGAUGAUGAAAUGCAGUCCUCAAACGAUGAGCGAAUCAAGGUCACUCAUGAAAGGGUGGAGGACAUGUCCAUGCGUCUGGAGGAGGUGAACGAGCGGGAGAACACCAUGAAGGCCACGCUGCAGACGGUGGACCUGCGCCUGGCCCAGCUGGAGGACAUCCACGGCCGCAUGAUGGACGCCCUGGAGAAGCUGGCGGGCAUCGACAAGUCGGAGCUGAGGCGCACGCGCUCCAACGCCUCGUCCGUCGGCGGCGAGGCCGGCCUGCUGCGCCACGGCAGCGUCAACAGCAACGACGGCUACAGCCUCUACCGCUACGCCAUGGAGUUCGAGGGCCGCACCGUGGAGGUGGAGAAGGACAAGACGGACAAGAUGGACCAGCUCAGCGCCGAGAGGCACGGCAGCCUGGGGCGCUCGCCCAGCCACCGCUCCACCACCAAGGAGUACGGGCUGACGCUGGACGUGGUCAAGCCCAGGCCCAGCCGGCAGCCCAGCUCCUGCGUGGACAUCCUCAUCUCGCCCUGCGACCAGAGCUCGGACGACGUCAGCAAGACCGUGGCCGUGCCCGCGGACGCGUCGUCGUCGUCCACCCCGGUCCAGGCGGGGCUGGAAGGGACGGCGCCGGAGACAGGCCCCCCUGUCCCGGAGAAAGCCUCCAAUGUGUCGCUGGAGAAAUCCAAGUCCCUGAAGCUGCCUUCGCAGGAGUCCCCGAGGGUCCCCCCCUCCGCUGCAAGGAGGGCCAAGAGUUGCAUCAUCUACCAACCGGACGGAGAGCAGGAGGAGAGAGCGAAAGGAGGCGCAGAGACAGAGGCGGAGAGACCCGACGACGUGCCGCCGCCCUUGUACCCGCGGGGCAAGUCCAGCUCCUUCAAAGUGUUCCCGCCCGACCCACAGAGGCUGUCUCCGUCCAGCGCCAGGAAGGCCAAGAGCUGCAUCAUCUUCGACCCCAACGAGGUGGAGCACGGCGUAGCGAGAGCAGAACCACCCACGGUGACGGAGCCUGCUGUGGCUUACGCGCUGGGCAAAUCUAAGUCGUUCAAAUACCCCCCGCCGCUACCCCCGCCGAUGUCCUCCUCUGACACCCGGAUGGCCAAGAGCUGCAUCAUCUUCGACCCCAACGAGGUGGAGCAUGGCGUAGCGAGAGCAGAACCACAGACUGGGCCGGAGCCUGCUGUGGCUUACGCUCUGGGCAAAUCCAAGUCGUUCAAAUACCCCCCACAGGUACCACAGCCGAUGUCCCCCUCUGACACCCGCAUGGCUAAAAGCUGCAUCAUCUUCGACCCCAACGAGGUGGAGCACAGCGUAACGAGAGCAGAACCACCGACUGGGCCAGAGCCUGCUGUGGCUUACGCUCUGGGCAAAUCCAAGUCGUUCAAAUACCCCCCACAGGUACCACAGCCGAUGUCCCCUUCAGACACCCGUAUGGCCAAGAGCUGCAUCAUCUUCGACCCCAACGAGGUGGAGCACAGUGUAGCGAGGGCAGAAUCGUCCGCUGUAGCGGAGCCUGCUGUGGCUUACGCUCUGGGCAAAUCCAAGUCGUUCAAAUACCCCCCGCCACUGCCACAGCCCAUGUCCCCUUCAGACACCCGCAUGGCCAAGAGCUGCAUCAUCUUCGACCCCAACGAGGUGGAGCACAGUGUGGCUAGAGCAGAAUCAUCGACUGUGGUGGAGCCUGGCGUGGCGUACGCUCUGGGCAAAUCCAAAUCGUUCAAACACCCCCAGCCGCUGCCACAGCCGAUGUCCCCCACUGCGGCCCGGAAGGCCAAGAGCUGCAUCAUCUACACCCCGGCGGAGCAGGGCGGAGGGGACGACGGCCACUGGGCCAAAGACUACAGCGCCGUGGUGGAGAUGGCGGGGAACAGCUCCCCCACCAGGAGCCGGCUGACGGCGCGCCUGGACUCCAGGGUGCACCCCGGGGGCACGGCGGCGCCGACGCCCCUCACGUCCGUGGUGAGCAUGUUCGAGCGCCUCGGCGCGGAGACGGAGGUGCAGGCCAACGGAGGGCUCCAGCCGCUCGGCCUCCUCGGCGUCCCUCACAGAGGAGACGUCCGCGGGUCGCCGCCGCUGCACGGGGAGAGCCAGGCGGGCGAGAUGGCGGCGCCCUCCGGAGGGCCGGCGGGCGAACCGCCGGAGCAGAGAGGCGACGGGGCAGAGGAGGCGGACGGCGAGGGCUGGAUACCCCAGCACCUGAGGUCCAAGAGCUGGAGCGCACGCCCGCAGAAGUCGCUGGAGGACAACAUGGGCCCCACGGACAAGCCCCGCAGCUCCACCAGCGAGGGCAACAUCCUGAAGGCGUGCGGGGGCAGCUCUGCAGAGCAGGACAAGCCCCAAGAGUAG